UUUAUAUAUUAUAAAAAAUAAGAUGCAGAAUAUAAAACAAUGUGUACGAUUUAUAUCGUAUAGAUUACUUAAAACAAAUAAUUCGAAUUUUCUAUCUAGUAUACAAAGAUCAUAUUAUUUUUUUAAGUCCGAUGAUGAUAAUCAAACAGAAGGUUUUCUUAAAUACAAUAAUGUUGUUUUUCCUCCACAAAAACCAGAUGAAGAAAAAAGGCCAGGUUAUGUUUGUCAUGUAAAAAAAAACAUAAAAUAUAGUCCAUUGAAAAUGUGGUAUAUAGCUUCUUUUGUAAGAGGUAUGUCUGUAGAUGAAGCUGUUAAACAAUUGAGCUUUUUAAAGAAAAAAGGUGCAGCUAUAGCCAAAGAAGUGAUCUUAGAGGCACAAAAGAUGGCUGUGGAAGAACAUGAUAUUGAAUUCAAAAGUAAUUUAUGGGUUGCUGAAUCUUUUGCAACAAAAGGUGAAACAUUAAAAGGAGUACGACGUCAUGCUAGAGCAAGAGUUGGAAUAGUACAUUAUAGAUAUACUAAUUACUUUGUACGUUUAGAAGAAGGAAAACCACCAAAACAUUAUUACUUACCAGCACCUAAAAGUGGUGACGAAUUAUUGAAAGAAUGGAUGGAAGAAAUGCAUCACCGUAAAAUAUAUAAUUCAUUAUAAUAUGUAUAUAAAUAUAUGUAAAUAAAUAAUUCAUUUUUUUUCUGAAGUUAUUAAUUGAUAUAAAAUUCGUGUUAUAAUUAAAAAAAUAAAUUUUUAUAAAUAUAAGAUGUAAACAUAAUGUUACAAUUAGAAUUUAUUUAAAAA